UGUCACUCGAGCAGUUGUGGAGGAAGGAUGUGCGCGCGUGGUGCUCUGUGCUGGCGAGACACGUGACCCUCUAUCUCCCUAUGUGUUGUUAAGGCAAGGGCGAUGGCAGUGUCGGAGGAGUUUGUGGAGCAGCUAAGGGAGGUGUUCCGAGUGUGUGAUGUGGAGCACAAGGGCACCAUCAGCCUGCCGCACCUGCUCACGCUGGCAGGGGAACACUUCGGCUCCAGUCAGAACAGCGUGACCUCAGCUGUGGCGGGCCUUGGGGUCACCGGCGAUGUGAUAACCUUUCCCCAAUUCUGCGAAGUUGUGGCCACCAUCCUGACCUCCCACGGUAACGCUGAGGAGGCUGUCAGCUCACCGGUGUGGGAGGAAGACUACCUGGACGGCGCCGGCCCUUCUAGAUUACAGAGUCACGUGAAAGAAGCAGAAGACGACGACGGAAGAGGAAGAGAGAGGGGAGAGAGAAGAAAAAGAGGAGGGGAAGGACUAGCAGAAGAAGAGGAGGAGGAGGAAGACCUAUCCUUUACUCCUGUAGUGGGAAGAGGAGGGGGAGGAGGAGGAGUGGGUGGUUUGGGUGCGUGGAGGAGAAGGAGGAGGAGAAAGAGAGGAGUGUUGGAGAGAAGAACAAUGCCUGGGGAGUAUUUAUCCUCUCCCUCUCCCUCCCUCUCACCUCUCACUGACGGGGACUCGGCCAUUGGAGGGAGCACCGCCUCUCCAGACUCCUCCAGGAAGACACACAGCGGGUGUUCCAGUAUGAGUGACCGGGAGGAGGAGAACUUCGAGUGUUACGGCGAAGCUGAUGACCUCGACGCAGACUCAGACAGUGCCAGGCUCGGAGAUGACCUGGACGGCAACCUCCUCAGCCCCCCUCAUUCACUGCCCCCCAACAACUUCUCCAGAAGGAACUCAUGGGUGAGACGCUCCCUCCGCGGCCCCUCCAGCUCUGAAAACAAGAUUCUGGCUCCGCGCCGCUGGGCCUCCUUCAGACACGCCCCUAAGCGGGUGGGGGGCACGGCCGUCGCAUCGCAGCUGUACCGCACCUCAUCCUUCUCCUCGGGUCGUUCCUCCGCGGCGGAUCCUGACGAUAUGUACUCUGACGGCUCGCUCGAGGAGGACGUCAACGAUCUAAGCCACAAGGUGCAAAUGCUCCAGCAGCAGGUGGGUGUGCUGGCUGAGAACCAAAGCAACACAGACGACAGAUUUUCUCGCGUCAGGCAGGACAAUGCAGCGUACCAGGAGAGGGUGGUGAUGCUGGAGGAGCAACUUCGUGAGGCGGAGCACCGGUAUGAGGAGCGUCGGGCGGAGGAGCAGCGGCGGAGCAGGGAGCUUCUCACCAGGGUGGAGCGAGAGAAGCAACUCACCGUGGAGAACUUUACUAUCAAGUUGGCCAGCCUGGAGAAGGAUAAGACAGCGCUGGAGGAGGAGCUGAGGCGCACCAAGGCACUCCUGGAGAAGCUACAGAAGGAGAAGGAGUCCCUGGAGGAUAGAGUGUCUGAGGCAGAGUUCACUGCCUCUGCCCUGCACCAGGAGAAUGCCAAGAUGGUGGAGCAGGGCCGGCGGAGGGACGACGAGGGCAAGGUGGAGAGGGAAAGGAGCGCGCAGGUGAUCGAGGAGCUGCGCUGUGAGAUUGAGAGGCUGCGAGCGGCGGAGGAGGCAGCGCGGAAGAGAGCUCCUAGUGUGGACGCCAGCAGCUCCCCACCCCCAGAGCUGCAGGCCACUCUGCAGAGGCUCAGGGAGGAAAACAAGGGGCUGGUGGAGCAGGUGGAGGAUCUUCAAGCACAGCUGCUGACGUCACACCUGGAGGAGGGCCGCACGCUGGUCACCGCCACCAACAACAACUCCCUUGCUGCUGAAUUUGAGGCCAUGACCAGCGAGGAGGGGAAUCACUAUGGGAGUGACACAGUCGAGAAGCUGAAGAAGUCUCUGAAGGAUUCCCAGGAGGCCAACCAGCACCUGAGGGCGUACAUUGAUGGUAUCCUACUGAACAUUGUGGAGAACUACCCUCAACUGCUGGAGGUGAAGCAGCCAAAGUGAUGAAUGGGGCUGUUAGGAGGCAAUGCAAGGGUCUGGUUGGCUAUUUAGGAGUCCAGAGAGAGAGAGAGAGAGAGAGAGA